GUAAUCGCCAAACCCCCAUCAUAUUAUCAACUUUUCGCAUGCGCUCUUAUACUAUAAUUACCCCAUUUUCUACUCCAAUUUACUACUUCUACUGCAACACACUAUACCAUCAAAUCUCAUGGAAAAAGAUUGCAGCUGUGUGGAAGAGAUCACUUUGGGGCCAUGGGGAUGCCACUCGGACACGGCCAUCAAUGGAGCUUCAAACCCAAAGAUGGCGCUAUCAAAAAGAUUAUCGUAGGCUGCGGUUGGAUUAUCGAUUCCCUUAUGUUUAAGGCGGACCAUUACUCCGCCAAAUUCGGCAGCCCGGGUGGCUUUGUCAAGAUCAGAAUCGAUUACCCUUCAGAAUUUCUGAUUGGAAUAAGUGGGACGUAUGGGAAAGGCGAGCAUAUGUCCGACAAUGUCUGCACCCUUACCUUUCACACUAAUAAAAAUCAAUACGGACCAUUUGGAUCCAAACCCGGGCCCACCCCUUUUUCGUUGAUCGCAAACGGCGCUGCGGUAAUGGGAUUUCACGGCCGUUGCGGCCAAUAUGUGGAAGCCAUUGGGCUUUACAUUAAGCCUCUUUCUUCGCUUUCUACUGAGCUCAAGAAACAGCCUUCCCAGAAUGCUUCCAGUUGCGUUCCCCGUUUUCUCCUGCCGCCGCGCAGUGCGGCAGCGAUGGGCGGAAACGGCGGCCGGGAUUGGGACGAUGGCGUUUUCGCCGCCGUGAAAGGCGUCCACGUGUGCGUGCGCGUGGAUACGGGCGUCCUAUCCGCCGUCCGAUUCAGCUACCUUAAGAAUGAUGGUUCGGCUUUUCUGUCUCCAUUUCAUGGGGGUUAUUGUGAAGGGGAUGUGCACUUGAAGGAAGUGAGCAUUUCGAAGACGGUUGUGUUUUGCGAGGAAGAUGAAUACCUAAUUGGUGUUGAUGGAUUCAAUGGAGUGGCGGAGGGCUCAAAUGUGGUGACGUCAUUGAGCUUUAUGACAAAUAAGGGCAGAUACGGCCCUCUGGGUGCUGAAAUCGGCACAUAUUUCACGUCCAUGAAUUCCGGUGAGUGCAGCAGAAAGGUGGUGGGGUUCCAUGGGCGUUGCGGUGCAUAUCUGGAUGCUAUCGGCCUGCACACCCAGUAUUUCUGAAUCUGUUGUCAGUUUUAGUAUCUUUCUAUUGCUAUCAUCUAUUCCCAUUUAUAUUAGCUUUAAUUUACUGCUUCCUAUCAUCUAACCAAUUGAAGGAAAGUGUGCGCAUCUCUCUGGCUAUUUCAACAAUGAAAAAUUACUUUUGUUACUAAGU